AGCAGAGGAGCAGGUCAUUUCAGGGCACUGAGUAGCUUAUUAUUGGACACACCGAAAGUUGGAGGAGCUAAAUACCCACUGGACUUGUGAUUAGUACUCUGAACCUUCACUGAUGGAGCAUUUACAGAUGCCACCUUGGCUUGUUAACAAUCUCAACGGGCCUUAUGUGCAUCGACAACAACAGCUCGCGCGAGGCAGAGCGUCUGCGAGAGACCAGGUCCCUCUGGGCAGUGAGGCCGUCUGGCACGUCUCCACGGACGAAAUGGAAAUCUGGGCAGGAGGAGAACGUUUCUCUGCUGAGGACCCACGGACGAACCUGUUGUGUGAGAAGGCACGCAUGGGCAGGAUUAAGGAUGAACUGGCGAUGGAAAGGCACAGGAUGAACAUAGAAAAAAAGGCCUUUCAAAGAGAGUGUGCCGCAAUGGCCAAGAUGAGGAGAGUCUUUCAGCUGCAGAGAGAGACGCUGGAAGAAGAGCGAAACGCCCUCAAGAUAGAAGCCAGGGCGAGUCAGAGGAGAAGGAAGGCCUUCAACUUAGAAAAGAAAAAGUUGGCCAGGACCAGAAAGGCCCUCCUCCAAGAGAAGGCACACUUCCUGCGGAUGAGGGACGCUGUCCAGCUGGAGAAAGAGAGCAUGGGCAAAGAGAGAGAAAGCUUUCAGAAAGAUGUGAGGGUUCAGCAGCUAAGGAGGACAGCCUUUGCGUCUGAAAAUAAGGCAAUGGCUGCUGACAGGAAGUGUUACGAGAUGGAGAAGGAAGAAAUGGCAAUGAUGAGGAAGGCCUACAUGCGCGAGAAGACAGGCAUCGACAGGAUGAGAGACGCUUUCCAGCUGGAGUGGGAAAACAUGAGAUGGAAUACGCCUUCACUGAAGACAUAUGUGCCUUUAACGCUGCGAGUGAUGCCAAUGCCGUGUGAGGAGAGCGAGGUAUCAGAGCCGGGGGAGAAUGAAAAGAUGAAGUUGAAAAAGUGGGGCGGGAAGAAAACAAGAAAAUGAAGCCGACUUUUGUCUUGAUGUUGGUUUUACAGGUGAAUUAAUACUUUCCAUUUGCCUUGUUAUGACUGUUAUCAUUGAUAUUACCAGCAGGAUGGCAACUUUCCUCAGCUUCCUUUCCGUUUUAUGGCCCCCUGGUUGCUGGGAAAUAGGACGUUGGCGAACAGACCAGUGUUUACUGUCGGGUCACGAUGUAAAACAGGUUCAUAAUAUUAAAAACAUGUGACUUUGUCUCCGAAGCGUCAAAUUCACUUUUGAAUGUGUGUGUAUAUAUAUAUAUAUAUAUAUACAUGCCUGUUAAGCAAUAUGUGACUUUUUGUUUUUGCUAUGUAAAUAAAGUUUAUAAUUAUUA